AUGAAGGCCUAUGUUUCCAGGGGCAACAGUGGACUCCUCAUUGAGCCAUUCGACAACUAUAUCGAGAUCCCCAAGCAUAGCUCUCUGGCCCUUAAUCAUGCUGGUGUCCCGCAGGAAUGCCUGCUCAGCCGCAUCCUGUGGGCAGAAGUUCAUGGUUUGGACAACGUGGGGCGGUGGGUGCGGAAGUGGAGCUCCAUGUUAGCAGAGCUUAGACAGGGUGAGGAGGGGCCGCGGGUGGAUUUUGUGGCUGACUCCGCGAGGCCCGGGCCCGAGGAGGGAUGGGGAAGCACCUACGAACCAACCCAGGGCCAAAAGACCCUAACUGGGAAAUCGAGGUGCCCUCUCCCGGCACUGGGGUCGCCACCCUUCCUGCCCAGUAGAAAUGCGGAGACCCUUGACCAGGAUGGAGGACGGGCGCAGAGGAAGGCGCGCGCACCUGGAACCAUCUCUGGCUGUUGCUACCCGUGUCCCAGGAUCGGGAGCCGCGUCCCCACGCCCACCACGCACACAUACACAUACAGACUCACCCGCUCACACGCACUCAACACCGCGCGCAGACCCCGCCCGCGGCCCCGCCCCGGCCCCUGCGGGCGGCCCCUCCGGCGCUCGCGGCCCCGGCACGCAGCCCGCCCUGGGUGGCGGGAGGCGGCGGCUUCGGGCAGAUUUGAUUUUCCCGCAGUCCGGGCGCCCCGGAGCCGGAGCCCCAGCCGAGGAGGUGGCGCUCACCGCCGCGUCCCAGCCCCGCCGCCGCCCGCGCCGAGACCCAGGGAGAGGCGGCGCAGUCCGGGCGCUCGGGGCUCCGCGCUGCCCGCGCCCUGCCACCCCCGCCGCCCGCAACCCCUCCCGCGCCUCGGUCCCCCACAACCCUCUCCCGGGCUCCUGCACCCCUUCUACCCCCGCCCACAGCCGCACGCCCCACUGCCCGCGCCCCUGUCUACGACUCCGCGCGUCCCUCCCGGUGCCCUCUCCCCGGAGCCCCUCUCCGUCUCUCCCCGCUGCGCCCCAGCUCCCCAGGCUCCUGGCCCCUCUCCGCUGGGCCCCCAGCCUCGUCGCAGCGUCACCCGCGCCCCCUCUUCUCCGCGCGGCCCCCGCUCCCUCUGCCCCCUCCCUCUCUCACUUCCCACGCCCCCUCUUCGCGCUCCUCUCCGCCCCUGGCCGCCCAGCCCCGGCUCCGGAGUUGGGGGAGAGCCCAGGGCUCCAGUCGCUCCGGAGGAGGCGUGAAUCGCGCAGGAAUUGACUAAUUUGG